AUGCAGCAGCAAAUCCUGGCAACUUGCAUGGCAGAUUUCGUACUGCUGAAAGUACUCGGCAAAGGAACGUUUGGAAAGGUUAUUCUGGCGAAAGAAAGGAAAUCUGACAAGCUUUUCGCGAUUAAGAUUUUGCGGAAAGACGUGAUCAUAGCUAAGGACGAAGUUGCCCACACGUUAACCGAAAACCGUGUUCUUCAAAAAACCAACCAUCCGUUUCUAACGUCGCUCAAGUACUCGUUUCAAACUGCUGAUCGUCUUUGCUUCGUUAUGGAGUUUGCCAGUGGCGGCGAGUUGUUUUUUCACUUGCAGAGGGAGCGGCUAUUUUCUGAAGAACGAACUCGUUUUUACGGUGCCGAAAUAGUUUCAGCCCUAGCCUACCUGCAUGAAAAUAAUAUCGUUUAUCGUGAUAUUAAGCUUGAAAAUCUUUUGUUGGACAAAGAUGGUCACAUAAAAAUAGCUGAUUUCGGCCUUUGCAAAGAAGAUAUUCCAUUCGGUGAAAAGACCAAAACUUUCUGUGGUACGCCUGAAUAUCUGGCCCCUGAAGUACGUAGCAUGAUGUGUGGCCGUUUGCCAUUCUACAGCAAGGAUCACGAGAAGCUGUUUGAACUUAUUCUCACCUGUGCCGUGCGUUUUCCUAACAAAUUAUCCGGCGAAGCUAAGUCUUUGCUGAGUGGGCUGCUGAUUAAAGAUCCAAGCAGCAGAUUGGGUGGAGGGCCAGAUGAUGCGAGAGAAAUCAUGGCUCAUCCUUUCUUUGCCAGCAUCGACUGGCACCAGUUAUAUGAGAAAAACAUCGAGCCUCCAUUCAAACCAGAAGUGACGUCAGAAACCGACACCAGUUAUUUCGAUCAAGUAUGGCAUCAAGGAGGACACUCCAUUAUGUUUGAAUCCAACCAAUCGAGAAUUCAUUGA